UGGCGACUAUGUCUACCCAGGUCUACAGUACACUGCUGUUUCACAAGCCUCGUCUGAGUUCCCCUCCUCUCGGAGCAACAGUGCAAGUGCAUAGACUGUUGUCCCUUGCGUCUGUUAUCACAGGUUGUGGGAGCAGUUUCUUCUUGCUUCGAUGUCUACUGCAGUGCGUUUGCUUUACUGCCCCAGGCCAGGCACCUUUGGAGUUAUCAGCCCCGGUUUGGUUCGACACUUCAGCCUCAGUGUGCAGAGAGAGAUGUACAAGUAUGUGAAUGCCAAGGAACUUCCUCUUGAUAUGAGGUCCAUCACAGACCGAGCUGCUCAGACUCUCCUGUGGACCGAGCUCUUCAGAGGAUUGGGGAUGACUAUGAGUUACCUAUUCCGCGAGCCCGCUACCAUCAACUACCCGUUUGAGAAGGGUCCCCUGUCUCCUCGUUUCCGUGGUGAACACGCUCUGCGCCGGUACCCCAACGGAGAGGAGCGCUGUAUCGCCUGCAAGCUGUGUGAGGCUGUCUGCCCUGCCCAGGCCAUUACCAUUGAGGCUGAGACUCGUGCAGACGGCAGCAGAAGAACCACUCGCUACGACAUUGACAUGACCAAGUGCAUCUACUGUGGCUUCUGCCAGGAGGCCUGCCCUGUUGAUGCUAUUGUGGAGGGUCCAAACUUUGAGUUUGCUACGGAGACCCACGAGGAGUUGCUGUACAACAAAGAGAAGCUGCUGAACAAUGGAGAUCAGUGGGAGUCGGAGAUUGCUGCCAACAUACAGGCAGACUACCUCUAUAGAUAGACCAUCAUACUGGCAUACCAACCACCAUCAUACUGGCUAACUACCUAUACUAUGCAUACUGUAAACACUAAGACAAUCCUAUGUCAAUGAAUAAUACACCAACUAUGGAAUAGAUCAUACUUUUAACAUAGAGCCAGUAGGCAUAUUGUCAAAGUCAACUAAACACGCACAAGUGUAAAAGCAAAAGCGCACACAUUUGCAUUAAUCACUAUUUGAUUUAAGUGUAUACCUCAUGCAAAUGUUGUCAUAUGAGAUUUUGAAUAAGCAUUAUAAUAACUGUCGAUUUAAUUGUAGCUUAUUUGUAAGAAGAAAAUAAAUUGUGUUCUGAAGGCC